AUGAAAGGAAGUCCCGGGGAGCCUGGCCUGCCUGGAAGUGCUGGCUACGAUGGUGAACCGGCACACAGUAUCGGAUGGACAUACGUCACGCCACCUCAGCCGACAGAAAGCCUCUGUCCUCCAUGUCCUCCUGGUCCACCCGGCCCGCAAGGACCGAAGGGUGCGAUGGGCUAUCGCGGAUAUAGAGGUGUGCGUGGACCACCUGGUGCACCUGGUUUGCACGGAAGACCUGGACUUAUUGGUCCAGUUGGCGAUGUUGGUGUGAGAGGACGUCCAGGCAACAAAGGAUACAGAGGAGCUAGAGGCUCCUUCGGGAUUGUUAGCACCAAAGGGAAACCGGGCAAUCCUGGACCGCCGGGAUCCCCAGGA